ACUGGGGCUCCACACCAAGCUGAGAUUGCCAACUGGCCAAGAAAAAGAAGUGACGAUCCCAUCCAGGAUGCUGCUCGCCUGGCUGUGGCUGCUGGCCCUGGGGCUGCUGGUGGGGCAUGGGGAGGCCCAGAGCUGCACCCACGCAUACGGAGGCCCGAACUUGGCCAGAGGCCGGCCAACCUCGCAGUCCUCCACCUACACACACACGGAUGGAAUCACGGGGAUGUCCAGUUAUGCUGUGGAUGGAAACUGUGAUGGGCGAUGGAUCUCCCGGUCCUGCACCCAUACCAACCAUGAGCGCAACGCCUGGUGGUCAGUCGACCUGGGCAGAGACUACGCCAUCUCUGCCGUGGUGGUGAAAAACCGGGAGGACUGCUGUGGAGACAGGAUCCAGGGGGCCACGGUCCACGUGGGAGGCCAUGUGGGAGACUUUGGCAAAAGUAGCUUCAUCUGUGGGACCAUCACAGACCUCCAGAAAGGAUCCCUCACCACUGUGCUCUGCAACGCUGCCUGGGGGCGCUACGUCACCAUCGCCAUCAUCGGCCGUGAAACCAUCCUGUCUCUAGGUGAAGUGGAAGUCCACGGCACUAAAUAUCCACACGUCGCUUAAGUGAUCAUAUUCGGGUGCAUGGAAUGGAAUGACGUCUUUCUAGUCAACAUCUCGGAUGUUUCCACUCAGCUUUGGACUUCUGCCAGCCUGGUGGAGUGAUGAAGAGCGAGAAACUGUCAUCUGGAGCGCCAGGUUGUUUCCCCACUCCUCCAUGUGCAACUGCUGGUGUGACCUUGGGUCAGCCACAGUUCUUCUCUUAGAACUGUUCUCUUAUGUUUGUGAGCCGUGCUUCGGUGGGGAGGGUGGGAUAUAAAUAAAAUAAAAUAAACUGAAUUAUCAG